AUGUCAAACGCAGACAUGUUCCCCGACGGCUUCCUCAAAUUCGGCGGCCGUGGCGGACCUCCACCACCAGGCAUCAUGAGGCCACCGCCGGCCCCACCAGGGAUGGGAGGUCCUCCUCGCCCAGGGCCAAAUAUGAUGCCUCCGCGCCCACAGCACAACCCGGUAAUGGCCCAGCCCAACAUGGGGCAGCCCAUCACCAGACCACCACCCAUGACGCCACGCCUCGUGAGGAGGCGCAGCACACACGAGAUCUCGGAUCUGCGCGACGAGUUUCGCUCCCCCGAGGACUGCCGCGAUCGGUUGACGACAUACUAUGUCUUCCGCAUCGAGCCGGUCGAGGGUGACGAGGGCCACACGGUCGAGGGGGAAAAGAUCCAAUCGACUUGGAUGAAUGCUCACGUCACCGAGAUCCAGGACCUGCCCCGCAAGGAGAUCAUUCGACAGAUCCGCCAGCUGAACAAGGCAAGCGACAGUGGAGUCGCCGAGAAGAAGAAGGGUAUGGGCUCCGGUCAGCAGCGGCAGAUCGAAAGGGCACGCAGGAAGCUCGAGAUGGAUGAGCUAACUGACCCCGAACGGUUUGAGAUCACUCUUGUUCAGUUGGACGACAAGCGCCGAGAGUUGACGGACAAGGAGUAUAAGAAAUACGAAAAGAAGCUACAUGGUGGCGCCAAGCCUGGGACAACGUCCAUCACCACCGUGCUCAUAUCCAAGCCCAACGGCCAGGUCAAAAAGAAGAAAAAGAAGAUGGAGAAGCGUGUCUCCAUCACUGCUUACUUCAAGAAUGCGCCCAAGCCUGGUGUAGAUGUUGAGACCUUGCUCAAGGAGAGGGAAAUGGAGGAAGAUAUCAAGGCUCAGAGGAUACAUCAUGGGAUCGAUGGUCUACUGGGACCACAUGAUUUCCCUCCAGAUUCCUUGAUAGAUCAAAUGGCACGUUUCCCGCAAGGUCCUCCCCAAGUGCAGUUUCCCCCUCCAGGCCAGAUCAAUGCCAGUCUUGGACCGCAGCGUCAAGGGCCUCCUCCUCCUCCUAGAAUGCCUGGCGGUCCACCACCGCGUCCGAUGCAGAACGGGCACCCUCUGCCACCUCGACCGCCAGUUAGUCGACCUGGUCCUGCUGGUCGACUUGGCCUUGUUGGUGGGCCCGGUCCGGUUGGACGACCUCCAGCUGGUCGACCUCCAGUUGGUCAACCCAGAACCGCUAACCAUGGGCGAGACGGCCGUCGGCGCGACCGGAGCGAUUCUUCCAGCUCCGAAUCGGACUCUGGCUCCGAAUCAGAAAGCAGUGGAUCCUCCAGCAGUGGCUCGUGGUCGGGCAGCGAGGAUGAAGUCAGCAUGCCAACCUCUCACGGCUCCACCUCUGACGGUCGGCGCAGGAAGCGUCAGAGAGGCCCCAAGAAAUAUGUUCAGGGCUCCGAAUACCAUUCCCGAGCCAACAGCCGCAGACGCAACCAAAACGAGGGCGAAUACAUGUGUAAAGUGCAUGGCGGCAGGCGUCAGCAAAGUCAGACCUCUCGGAGACAGCCACAAAGAAUCAUGCCUCGCGUUCCCAACGCGCCAACAUCUGCGCCAGUCAUCGUCCAGCACCCAAUGAUGCAGCAACAUCAGCCGCCGCAGCCGCAGCAGCAGCAGCAGCAGCAGUAUCAAGGAUACCAGCAGCAGUCAGUCCUUCACCAGCAGCCCAUGGUUCCUGCCGUCGACAUCCAAGAGGCCUACAACAGGGGCCGGAUACACGGAAAGGCCGAGGAGCGUGAGGAGACGCGUCUGAUAGACGAAGCCUCCGUGGCAACCAACCGCCGGCUACCCGAAAGGCUGGCCGCUCAGCCCCGCUACCUGCCAGUACAAAUGCCGGGGGUGCGACUAGUCGAGCCGGUGCGGACGCAACGAGAGAUUGCUGCCGAAAUCGAGCUCGAGGAGCGAGAACGUAUCGCCGCGGCUGCAGUGGCUGCCGAGAGGAUCAGGGUGGAAAAGGAGAGACACGCCGCGGACGCAAAGGCUCGCGCUGCGUGGUAUCGACAGCGGGAGGCGGAGCGUCAGGAAGAAGAAUACUGGCGCAAAGUCGAAGAGCAGGAGGAGCGAGAGCGGGCGGCCAGAUUGGCAGUGGAGCGGGAGAGGCGCACUUACGCCGCCUACAUGCGCGACCCUUCUCCAGAUAUCAAUCCUUUCCCGAGACCGCCGGUGAGGAAGCCGACGGUAUCAUAUCGGGAUCGGGACACGUACCAUUAUUAUGAUAGUUGA